AUGCAACUCUCAUUCAAACUCUGUUUCAGUUUAUUCUACGGUCAGUGCGAUGGAGACGACGACCGCGACGACGGAUCCGCUCACGAGAUGGCGCUUCACUUCACCCAAAACUGUGCCAAAGAUUGUCUAUUCGGCGCCCAAUGCGUGGUCACCGCCGAAGGAGAGUCGCGUUGCGAGUGUCAGACCGUCCGCCAUCUCCUCAUUUCUGACGCCUUCCGCCUCUCUGUCCGCAGUUCCGCUGUUCCGCAGUCGUGGCCGUCGUUUGCGGACAAACCGAAGACAACGAAAUGCGUUACUAUGACAACGAGUGCCGCCUUCGCGAAGACAGUUGUCUUCGUCAGAAACGGGUCCGUCUUUGCGAAGAGUGUCGCUGCAAUCGCUUCGGAAGCCAAGAACCGCUUGUUUGCCACCAAAAGCAAUGCAAAUGCAGAAGAGGUGAGUCCUAUAGACAACUGGCGAACCUUUGCUCACAAAAUGCAUGUCUCGGAAGGCGUUGGCGGAGAGCGUUGCGAUCGCUGUGAACCCGCAUUCUUCGCGUUCGGCCAAAACGGAUGCGUCGGUAAGUGGACUCUCGGUGUCCGCACUUCCGCUCAAUAUAUAUAA